CCACCUUGUCUGAGCGGCCAAAACUUGUUGGGCGGAACCGGGGGAUUGGGAGAAGAAAAACCGCCUGCGGCCGACCUCCUGGCCAGGGCGCACACCGCGGAGGCACAAGCAGAAAAUGCAGCGGCGCGAGGCUGGCCUGCGAGCACGCACAGAGGGAGCGCGGCACAUAAAGAAAACACACUGGCGCGCGAGCGUCCGCCAGCCUCGCCGGCGAGAAGCUGCCGGGCUCCCCCCCGAGGAUGGCGGAUGCUGGAGGAGGAGGAGGCAGGAGCGCGUGCGGCCACGGCGCUCCGGACAGGAACAGAGCUGCCACAACGCGAAAUGCGUUUGGCUUUCGGGGAACAUCUCGAACCUCGAAUCGCUCAUGAUUUCUCUGCCACGCCGCGAGGAGGCCACGCCUCCUCGCGGCUGCCGUGCACCGCUUCUCGCGCGCAACCUUGGCGAGGGCACCCCGCAGCUCGGCUUCAUCGGGGGGCAGCCAAGCGGCGGGCGAUGACCCGGGAAGGAGGAGGGAGAAAGAGGAGGAGGAGGAGGCGAAAGAGGAGAAGGAGGAGGAGGUGGGGGGGCCGACGCGCACUCGCAACGCUGCCCUCGCCAGGACCUCUGCAGGCCCCCUCCGAGGCACCGGCAGCGCCGCAGGCGCCUAGGGCCCUCCGCGCCGCAGAGCGUCUGCCGCGGCCCGCCCCCUGGGGAGAUCGCCGUGUGGCGGUUUGCGCCCGGCGCACGCUCGCCUUCCUUUUGGGGUCUCCCCAGGGGCUCGCUCUAUACAUCCCAUCUUUCUCGUACCCUUCU